AUGGCAGCUCCCCAAGAGAGCGACAACCACUCUGUAAAAUCCAAGUGCUCCAGCGCCUAUUUCGAAGAAAUUGAGAAACACAAGACUGUUGAUACAGUACACACCGAUGAGGCAUUCAAAGUGAUCGCCAACUACAGCGGCGACGAGACAUGGAGCGAAGAGGAAGAGAAAAAGCUCCUCCGCAAGAUCGACUGGCAUCUCAUGCCGAUUUUGUGCGUGACCUAUGGACUGCAAUAUUACGACAAGGCGAUGUUCUCACAGGCUGCGCUAUUUGGCAUGCGUACGGAUCUAGACCUCAAUGUCGGGAAUAGGUACUCGUUCUCGGCGUCAAUCUUGUAUCUUGGCUUCAUGGUGGGAGCGUAUCCUGCCAUGACCAUGGCGCAGAGAUACCCGGUGGAACGGGUUGCCUCAGCUAUCAUCACACUCUGGGGAAUCUGUCUGAUCCUAACACCCGUGUGCAGCAAUUACAAAGCGCUCUAUACGCAGAGGUUUUUCCUCGGCCUGCUAGAGAGCGGCGUUAGUCCUAUGUUCAUGCUUCUAGUCGGCGGCUGGUACAAGAAAAACGAACAAGCAAUGCGCAUGGGAAUGUGGUACUGCUUCACCGGCUACGUAUCCGUCUUCUCGCCACUCGUCAACUACGGCCUAGGCCACAUAAAAGGCACACUCGCACCCUGGAAGUACAUGUAUUUCGUCGCCGGCGCCGUGACCAUAAUCUGGGGGCUGGUCCUCGUCUUCCUCCUCCCACCGGACCCAGUUCACGCACGCGGAUUCAGCGAGCGCCAGCGAUACAUCGCCGUAGCAAGACUACGAUCCAACAACUCCGGCGUGCGGAACACACAUUACAAGGGCGGCCAAGUGGUCGAGUUACUGGCGGAUGUGCGCUUCUGGCUGAUUUUCGUGGUUGCGUUUUUGAGUAUGAUUGCGAACGGUCCGAUCUCGACUUUCACGCCUAUCAUUAUUAACUCGUUUGGGUUUGAUACGCUGAAUUCGUUGCUGCUGGUGAUGCCGCAGGGGUUCCUGGCUGGUAGUUACCAGCUUAUUGGGCCGUAUUUGGCGUAUCGGUUUGAUGGGAGUGGGGUUAGGGCUUGGAUUGUGUUUGGUGCGCAGAUGAUUACUGUGCUUGCUGCUUUGUUGCUGGUUGUUUUGCCGCUUGAUGCAACCGGAGCUAUGCUCUUUGCGUGCUAUAUUCUUCCUGCGGUUGGAGGUGGGUAUGCGGUUCUUAUGGGAUUGCAGAUUGCCAAUGUGGCUGGGUAUACGAAGCGGUCGAUUGCGUCUUCGGGGCUUUAUAUCGGGUAUUGUCUGGGAAAUUUCACCGGUCCGCUGCUCUUCAAGGAGACAGAUGCACCUCGCUACGUGCCAGGAUUUAUUAUUGUUGUUGUGACUUCCUUCGUGGCUGGUGUUACUGUACUCGCAUAUCGAUACUUGUGUGUCCGGGAGAAUCGCAAGCGAGAUCAGUCUGGAACUCCGGAGGGAUAUGAAAAUGCGUAUCAGGAUGACUUCACUGAUAAAACGAACCCUCAAUUCCGUUAUAUUCUAUAG